ACUACUGUAGCUGCAGCGAACAUUGCUUGCAGCGAACUGCAAAGUAGUGUGGCGUCUUAACUCGUUCCUAACCCCAAAUUGUGUAUAAAAGAGAGUGUGUGUGUGUGAGUGAUUAUCAAAUUAUCAUUUAUCGACUCGUUCAAGAACAUUUGUGUCGUGUGUCAAACACCAAAACUUAAUCAAAAUGGGAGUACCUGCAUUUUUUCGUUGGUUGAGCAGAAAGUAUCCUUCGGUGAUUAUCGAUUGUAUUGAGAGUAAACCCAGUAAUGUUGAUGGAGAGCAAGUACCGGUCAAUACAUUGGAACCAAAUCCGAAUGGAGUGGAGUUCGAUAAUUUGUAUUUGGAUAUGAAUGGUAUUAUUCAUCCUUGUACACAUCCUGAAGAUAAACCGGCACCAAGAAAUGAAGAUGAGAUGAUGGAGGCCAUUUUUGAAUGUAUUGACAGGCUGUUUAGAAUUGUUAGACCUCGUAAAUUAUUGUAUAUGGCUAUUGAUGGUGUUGCACCAAGAGCUAAAAUGAAUCAACAACGAUCCAGACGUUUCAGGGCAUCUAAAGAAACAACUGAAAAAAUAAUGGAAGUAUCCAGAGUGCGUUCAGAAAUGUCAGCUCGAGGGGUUCAGCUACCUCCAGAGAAACCGAAAGGAGAGCAUUUUGAUAGUAAUUGCAUUACUCCUGGUACACCUUUCAUGGCAAGAUUAUCAGCUUGUUUGCAUUACUACAUACAUGACCGAUUGAACAAUGAUCCCGGUUGGAAAAAUAUUAAAGUAAUAUUGAGUGAUGCCAAUGUUCCAGGAGAAGGAGAACACAAAAUCAUGGACUACAUUAGAAAACAAAGAGCACAACCGGACCAUGAUCCUAAUACUCAACAUGUUCUUUGUGGAGCUGAUGCUGAUUUGAUAAUGUUGGGUUUAGCAACACAUGAACCUAAUUUCACAAUUAUUCGGGAAGAAUUUAAACCAAACAAACCCAGACCUUGUGAUAUAUGUGGCCAGUUAGGUCAUGAAAUGCAAGAUUGUGUAGGAUCGGAUCCUGAUCAACCAGAAGGGGAAAAAAUUUUUGCUGCAGAAUGUCAAUUUAUUUUUGUUAGACUUAAUGUUCUUAGAGAAUAUUUAGAGCGAGAAUUGCAAAUGCCUGGACUACCUUUCGAAUAUGACUUUGAAAGAGCCAUAGAUGAUUGGGUGUUUAUGUGUUUUUUUGUAGGAAAUGACUUUUUACCCCACUUACCUUCAUUAGAAAUAAGAGAGAACGCAAUCGAUCGACUGGUUAAUUUGUACAAAAAAACUGUCUACAAAACUGGGGGAUUUUUGACUGAUAGUGGAGAUGUUAAUCUGGACAGAGUUCAAUUAAUCUUAGAUGAUCUUGGUAAUGUUGAAGAUGAAAUCUUCAAAAAAAGACAACAAAAUGAAUUGUCUUUUAAAGCACGUGAAAAAGCUAAAAAAAGAAGAACUCAAUCCAUCAGCAACCAAAGACCAGCCUGGACCCCUACUGGACAAUUUGCCCCACAGGCUUUGGGGCAAGCGACGACACCUGUUGUUAACGCUAGAUAUGAAGCAUAUCAGAUGCGUGUUCAAGGUAGAAAUUAUAAUACUCAAGCGGUGCAAGAAAGUCUACAAGGAACUUCAGCCAAGCUUGAUGUAGAACCAAAUCCACGAAAGCGCAAACAUGAAGAAACUGAGGAAGAGGAUGAUCAGGCUCAUGAUGAAGUUAGAUUAUGGGAAGAUGGAUUCAAAGAUCGCUAUUAUGAAUCUAAAUUCGAUGUACUACCAGAAAACAUUGCAUUCAGAAACAAUGUGGCUCUACAUUAUGUCAGAGGCUUAUGUUGGGUCUUACGUUACUAUUAUCAAGGUUGUCCGUCAUGGAAAUGGUAUUUUCCUUAUCAUUAUGCUCCUUUUGCUAGUGAUUUUGUAAAUAUUAGUGGAUUAUCAACUGAAUUUGAAAGAAAUACUGUUCCUUUCAAACCAUUGGAGCAGUUAAUGGGUGUAUUUCCAGCAGCUAGUAGUAAACAUGUGCCCACUCCAUGGGCUAAAUUAAUGUCUGACCCUGUUUCUCCAAUUAUAGAUUUUUAUCCAGAGGAUUUUAAAAUUGAUUUGAAUGGUAAAAAGUUUGCUUGGCAAGGUGUAGCACUUUUACCAUUUGUUGAAGAGCAAAGACUAUUCAAGGCAUUAGAACCUUACUAUGAUUUACUCACAGAAGCAGAAAAAAAAAGGAACGUUCGUGGAGAUGAUAGGUUGUAUGUAGGACCUAGUAACGGUGGCUACAAAUUUUUAAAAGCAUUGUAUGAUAAUAAUAUUGGAUAUGAUUCUGAAGUUGAAGUUUGUAUAGAUGGUAUGCGAGGAACAGUGUUAUUAGCGAAAGAUUGUGUUGGAAUAGGGGCUACUCUUCCAUCCCCAAUUAAUACAGUGCCAGUUAGGAAUAACCAGGUCAUUUGUACAAGGUUCCGAGAUCCUAAGUAUGGAAUAGAUUACAUAUUUCCUGCUGUGAAACUUGAAGGUGCGGAAGAGCCACCCCGAGUUUUGAAACCUCAAGACUUUGACCAAAUGAAUCAAGGACGCAAUCAGUGGAAACCUCAAACUGGUUUUGUUCCUUCUCACAAAAGCGCAUCUUUGGAUAAUGCUGGUCACAGAAUGUUAGGGCAUCACGUUAAUAAUGGUCGACAACAAGUUUAUGCUAGCAUUCCUCCACCAACGUCAUUGCAGAGAGGCUCUAGAGGUGGGUCGAACAAUCAGCAUUAUAGAAGUCAACAACAUUAUCAAGGAAAUCAACAAUACCAAGGUAUGCAACAGUACCAAGGUAAUCAACAUCGAUACCAAAAUCAUCCCAACACAGCUGGACCAUGGGUUGGUGGCUAUAUGACAGCUGGAUAUCAGUCCCAACAACCUCAUCCUAGAAACCAACAAAGGAAUUAUUCUCAACAACAUGAUCAAUCGCGUAGACCUCAUCAAAAUAAUCCAGGGUAUCAAGAUAGGAGACCGCAACAAAGAUCAAAUCAAAAUAAUCGUGGCGGUAGUUGGCGUGGACGGUAAUUUUGUGAUGAAAAGUCUCAAUUUGUAACAUUAGAACCUCAAUAUUUUUUUCGCCGCACUCGAAAUUAAAAAGAUGACAUUUUGUAUAUAUACGAAAUCAGAAGUAUGUUAAUUACAAACUACUUUUGAAAUGUAGAGUAGUAAAUCAAUCGAUUUUAUGCUUUCAUUUUUAAUUUUUUAACUGUACCAUCUGUAAAUUUUUAUUCGGUAAAUCUUUUGUAUAUCAGUGAAAACUUAUUAUAUAAGUAUAUUUAUGUAAAUUUAAUUGAAAUGUACAUAUUUAUAAAUCAUAUGCAUAUACAAUAAGGUGGAACUUAUUUUUGAAACCUUCCUUUUGUCUCAUAAAAUACUAACUUAGGAUAAAAUACCAUUGAAAACAUACCUUAAUAAGUAUAUGUAUUAAUUUAUUUAUUAUUGCAAUUUAUAAAAGUCUUAAUGAAUCUUUAGUACCACAAAAGGAAAAAGUUUAU